AUGCAUCUCUCCUCUCUCAUCCCCAUCAUCACCCUCAGCCUCGGUGCUGCCAAUGCCAUGGCCAUUGAAGAGGAAGGCACCCUCGAAGCACGCGCUGAUCAGUGCAACCCCGGCAUUAAUCUCAUCAAGCUCAAGAUCAAGCCCGGCAAGUACUUCACUGGCGUUGGAAAACCAGGCAAAUGCUACAAUCUUCCCGCAAACAUCAAGUACUUUGAUGUCUACUCUGACGACACCAAGUCCCUUGUCAGCUGCUUCGACUGCAAGGUUUACACUGAGGCCAACUGCAAGGGAAGCUACGCCAGUAUUGAGGGAGCGGACAACUUUGCUUUCAAGACUACGAAGAAGCCUCACUACAAGAGUUGGAGGUGCGGUCCUCCUUAG